AUGCCCGUCAACACUAAUUUCACAGUCUUCAUACGCUUACCAUUUCCAAGAGGCGACUUUGUCGAUCCGCCGCCUGUGGAAUGGAAUGCAUCCAAAGACCAAGCACUAUGGGAUAUCCUUUCUCGGCCAUCUAAAGGUGACAUAGACUGGAAAGCUCUGGCAGAGAACUUCGAUGUCACCUUGCAGUUCCUCCUUCAGCAGGCAGCAUGGCUCUAUGAUCGCCAGCUGUCGCAGGUUCGGGCUCAAAUGCGCAAGGUCGGCACUACACAGUCAAACUCCCCUUCCCCAGCUCCAGGAUCUGUAUCUGGUAGUACGGCCUUGGGUGGACAGUCACAGAGAGAAACACCAGCACCAGGUUCUCGGGCGCCAUCCUGGCAAGUAUCUCACCCGAAAGAUAUCCCUCUACGAGGUAUGGACCGAAACCCUACCUGUCUUCGCACAGGCCAUUUGGUACCGCCGAUGGAUCGAUCGCGUUUAACAUUGACUGCAGCCCCUGAGAACCGACGUACGAGCUUUACAUCAACGACGCCUACUAACCUCACUCGCGGACCUCGGGACCCUACACGCACCGCCACGCCGACAAUCGACGACAAAGAAUCACGCUGGGAUUCUUUGGCUCACCGGCCUUCGGCUGUGAGACGAGAACAACCACCGGUCGCGUCUUUGCCCAGAUCUCCGCCACUCGAGGAAGAGUCUCUGUCCUCGAGCUCAUCGGAAGAAUCAGCAUCCGACGACGAUAACACAAACAGACGUGCACCCCUGUUCAAACGGUUUGGCAAAUUUUCUACUCAUCGUCUACGGGAUGAUGAGGACGACGAAGAAGAUACUCCAGCCUUCCUGCCCCUAUCCCGAGAACAUGAGCGUAUCCAUCGGGACCGGUCAGGCCAGGAACUCAGCGCCACACUCCGUUUAGAUGCCGAGCGAGCAGCGGCGCUACGGCGACACCCCGAGCAGCGGCCUAACCCUAGGGUACCGGCACCAACGGACUCAUCUACAAGCUCAAUCAGCUCCGGUGGACGUAGCAGCCUACCCGGUGGACCCAGGCGGACCAGCCAGGGGGGAUCGACGCUGAGCCCUGCCGAACGCCAGAAUUCGCGCAAGUCCACCGCCUCCGGUCGCGAAGCUAGCGAUGGUACUCCCAGCAUGGGAAGCAGCUUCAGUGACCUCGACGAUGCAAGCGUUACCCAGUCAGCCCUAGAGGAGGCCCUUCUAAGCAACAUGCAGCAUGGUGGAAUGGCGAGUCGGAUGAGCACUAUCAGUCAAGCCUUGCGCAGCCGGUAUCUGCAGUGA